AUGGCAAAGAGAAAGGCUGCUAAUUCAAAACGAGUUCAAAAGAACAAAAAGGCAAGAAAGGAAUUAACUGAAGGGUUACGCAGACAUCGCUUGGAUGAAAUAUUGAAGAACUUAAAAGAGUCAACUGGUGUUGAUGUUGAUGAAAUUGUGAGAAGAAAUAGAACAAAUCCUGUGAAAACUGAAGAGGAGCAUAAAUGA